AGAGCAGACUUAAUGGCGGCAUCCUUGUUGCAAAGUUUGCAUACGACACUGUUAUUUAAGUAAAAUAAACAAGCUUAAAACGUGUUACUUGCAGGCUUCACAAUGCCAAGGGUGACACGGAAAACACUGACUGAUAGUCCAACCCCAUCUCGGAUGAGUCCACGGGCUACCACUAAGGCAUCUACUACAAGUUCUCGAGCUCCACGAUCCACUGCAGAGUCCCCAGCUCCUUCACCAAGCACAUCAGGUUCUAGGUCUCGAUCAGCAAGAAGCAGAGGUGCAGAGAGUCGGUCAGAACCCGAAGUAGCUGAUGUAGUGACGAAGCCAACAAGAGGACGUCAACAGAAACAUGGUGAAGGAGAUGAUAAUGUCGUAGAGAAGGGUCGCAGUCGUAGCCGAGCCAAAGCUAAAGUUGAGGAAGAAACAGAAGAGGUUGCAGCUGAACCUGCACGAGCCAGUGGGCGGAGUCGAAGUCGAGGAAAACCUGUUGAACCAGAGGCUGAGACAAAAAAAGAGGCAGCUAAUAAUACCAGUAGUCGAAGUCGUGCUAAAGCAAAGGCAGAAGAAAGCAAUAAUGACAAACCUGUGGUGGAAUCAGGAAGAGCUGGCAGAAGUAGAGUGAAAGCACCUGCAAAGACACCAGAUGAAAAACCGGCAGAAACUGGGCGAGGCAGUAGAAGCAGGUCCAGCAAUAAUGAAAAGGCUGAAGAGUCUACUCCAACAAAUAGUAGAAGCAGGAAAAGUGCUAAACAAGUUGACAACACCCCUGAGGAAGUUGCAGAGACAAGCCAACCAAAGAGCAGAAGCCGAAGCAGAGGUAAAGCUGCCGAAACUAAGUCUCCAGAAGCUGAGGUUGACACAGGCAGAAGGAGCCGAAGUAGGGGCAAGCCUGUUGAGAGUCCAGUCAGUGAAUCUGUCGGAUCAAGUAGAUCGUCCAGUAGGAGUCGAACUCCUAAGCCUGCUGCGGAAGAUGUUGUUGAACCAGCAGUGGAGGAAGACAAGGGCAGGGGCAAAUCUCAGGCUAAUGGGAGCACCAGAGGCAGCAGCAGGAGAAGGUCUUCGGGCAAGGUUGAAGAUCCAGGUCCAGCUGAUGACACAGAGAUGACUCCUCCAGGGAGACGCAGUGGAAGAAAGCAAGCAAAACCAGAAGCUAAUCAGACUAGUCCUACAAAGAGACGACAGAGUGGGAGGAAGAGUAGCACUCCAGAUAAUGACAGCGAGAUGCCAAUGGAUCAAACUGACAAACAAGCUGUGGUUCAGUUGACAAAACUGAGAGAUGAGGAAGUAGAAGCAGAAAGGAAGUCUCCUGUCAAAGCUGCUGAGGAAGAAGCCACAGAUAAGGAAACUGUGGACGAGGAAGCUAGCAACGAUGAAGUUGUUCAAGAUGCCAAGGAAGAAACUGUAACAAAAGAAAAAGAAGAAGUCAAAACUGUCGCAGAGGAAAUUAAGUCUACAGAGGAUAAAGUACCAGAUGAGCCAAUGGAAGAGGAGACAGUUAAGCCAGAAGCAAAGGAUGAAACAGAAAUAACUAAACCUGAAGAAAAUGAGGAAAAACCUGUUGAAUCAGAAGAAAAAGUAACAGCUGUCAUUAAGGAGGCUGAAGCUACUGAAGAGACGCUCCCCAUCGCUGAGGACAAGGAGUCUGAUAAAGUAGAUGGUGCUUCAGCAGCAGCUGAACUUACCAGCCAGAAGACAACACUUCAAGACACUGAACCAGAACCAGCAGAGACUGACAAGUCUCAAAUAUCUGAGGAUAUCGUUGAAGGAAAGGAUGAGAGGGAAGUUGAAAGCAUUGUUGAGAAAAUGGAAACAGAUGAAGUGGAAGAAACUCCAGCAAAGAAAGAGUCAGCACCGUGCAAUGGCACUUUGUCAAUCCCAGAAGUCCCAGCAGACCCCGAACAAAGUCAGGAAAAACAAAACAUUACAGUUUCUCAUGGUCAGAAAAGAAAGUUAGAGCAUGAUGAAUCCUUUGAAGAAAACGAGAGCAAACGUGUGUGUGUAGAGAGCCCAGUUACACAAGAUACUGAAGCUGGUGACAUGGAGGUCUCGCAACCUGAUGAUGAUAAAGCAAAUGAGGAAAUUGAGUCCCGUACAUCACAGCAGCCUAUCAUUGAACCAAUAUCUGAUGUGUCCAGUGCAGAAGAAGAACCAACACCUGCUCCAAUCACUUCCAGCCAAGAGCCUGUUCAAGCAGAAAAAACAUACAGCCUCCUGUUGAAAAGAGCACAGAGCCACCUGCACCAGAGCGUGAAGUACCUCUGAUUGAGAUAAGCAAAGAGCCGUCAGUUGAGAUAAGUAAAGAGCCAUCAGUUGAGAUAAGCAAAGAGCCUUCAGUUGAGAUAAGCAAAGAGCCUUCAGUUGAGAUAAGCAAAGAGCCAUCAGUUGAGAUAAGCAAAGAGCCUUCAGUUGAGAUUAGCAAAGAGCCUUCAGUUGAGAUGGGGGAAGUGUCUCCAGCUGAGACAGGUGAGGAACCUUCAGUUGAGAUAAGCAAAGAGCCUGCUGUUGAGA